AUGGAAGAAGAGUAUGAAAGUGUAUUAUUGAUAUUUUUUCGAUUAGUUUAUAAACUUCCAGCAAGAACUUCAACAUCAGAUUGGGGAGAUAUGGAAGCAUAUCUGUGGAAAGGUAGAUUAAGAAUUAUUUCAAAAGGAGAGAAAUGUUUUAUCAGGUUGGAAGAUGGAGGAACUGAUAAGAAUUCGGUCGAGUCAGUUAGAGAUUCGAGUAGAUACUUUGUAUUAAGAGUUGAGGAUGAUGAUGGUAGACAUGCAUUUAUAGGAAUGGGAUUUAGAGAACGUACUGAAGCUUUUGAUUUCCAAGUAGCAUUACAAGAUCAUAUCAAACAUGUUAAAAUUGAAAAAGAAUCAGCAGAAAAGUCCAAACAAAUCAAUUUGGAACCAAAAAAGAAUUUUAGUUUGAAAGAAGGUGAAACAAUUUCCAUAACUAUUGCUGUUAAUGUUAGUGGCAAUAAUGGUGCUAGUUUUGGUAAGAUAUUUAAAUAA